AUGGAGGUAAUACAAGUCAAUUUUCAUAUUAGUAGGGCCGCUACUGGCAAUCUUGUGGGGUACAUGAGCGCUAAUGGCAUCCACAUUGCGCUCAUUCAGGAGCCGUGGUUGGUUGGAAAGGGGAGAAUAUGGGGCGUGAGGCUUAAGGACUAUGUCCUGUAUUACAAAAUCGAAGUAAGUAGACAGAUAUCUUGUAUUUUCGCUAGGAAAGAACUAAAACUUUUUCUUUUCGAUAACUUUUGUGACGGCGAUACAACUUUGGUGAGGUGGGAGAAGAAGAAGAAAGAUUUGCCUCUUCUUCUGACUUCAUGCUAUAUGCCCUACGAUAGCGAGGAAGAGCCGCCGCCGGGAAAAUUCAGAGAGGCUAUCAGGAUGUGGAGACACGAUGUACUGGCUGGGUGUGACGCGAAUGCACACCACACUCUAUGGGGAAGCUCGGAUGUUAAUCAGAGAGGUGAGUCCUUAGUAGAUUUUCUUAGUGGUACUAACCUUUGUGUAUGUAAUAGGGGUUGCGACCGUACUUUCGUCGUUAGGAAUAGGAGUAAGGUGAUAUACCUUACUUUGGCUACUAAUUUAGGGACCUUAAUGGUCAGUAACUGGAUGGUAUCGGAGGAGUCUUCCCCUUCGAACCAUUGCUGGAUUCGUUUUAGGAUAAAUAUGCAACCGGAGGUGAGGACGCCAUUUAGGAAUCACCGAAGGGCAAAUUGGGAUGGGUGCUCGGCGGCCCUGGAAUCUGACAUGACUGGGCCAGUACAUGAACUGCACAAUAAAAAAGGUCAAAGGUACGGAGGUCUUGGAGGAGCUAUUGCAUGUCAUUAG